AUGAUGAAAAUAGGAAACAUGGCUGAAAAAGACCUUCCUAGGUCAUCUUUUAGCCCAUGUAAAGGCUGGAGCAGCUCCGCUGAGCAACCCCUGACAGCUGCUUGGGGGAGUGACUAUUCCCCCUCUGCCAUGGUACAUGGUACGGGGUUGUGCAGCUUGACAUUAAAGAAACUGGUAGUCUUAAAGGAAUUGGAUAAGGAGCUUAUUUCUGGGGUCAUUGCUGUCAAAAUGCAGGGCUCCAAGCGCAUCCUACGGUCUCACGAGAUUGUAUUGCCCCCGAGUGGACAUGUGGAGACGGAACUUGCGCUGACCUUCUCGCUGCAGUACCCUCACUUCUUGAAGAGAGAAGGCAACAAGCUUCAGAUCAUGCUGCAGCGGCGGAAGCGGUACAAGAACCGAACCAUUUUAGGCUACAAGACUCUGGCUGUGGGGUCUAUCAACAUGGCUGAGGUCAUGCAGCACCCAACAGAAGGCGGCCAGGUUCUGAGCCUUUUCAGCAACAUCAAAGAGGCUGCAGUGAAGGUAGCAGAAAUCUGGAUCUUCUCCUUGUCAAGUCAGCCAAUUGACCAUGAAGACAGCACUAUGCAGGCCAGCCAGAAAAUCAAGUCUACGGACAACUAUUCCGAGGAAGAGUACGAGAGCUUCUCUUCUGAGCAGGAGGCCAGUGAUGAUGCCGUACAGGGCCAGGAUUUGGAUGAUGAUGAGUACGAGCUGGGGAAGCCCAAGAAGCAGCGGAGAUCGAUAGUAAGAACGACGUCCAUAACCAGGCAACAAAACUUCAAACAGAAGGUUGUGGCGUUGCUGAAGAGGUUUAAAGUGUCUGAUGAGGUUCUGGAUUCAGAGCAGGACCCAGCAGAGCAUGUUCCAGAGGUGGAGGAGGACUUGGACCUUCUGUAUGACACGCUGGAUAUAGAGAACCCCAGUGACAGCGGGCCAGAAAUGGAGGAUGAUGACAGCGUCUUGAGCACUCCUAAGCCAAAGUUAAAACCUUAUUUUGAAGGACUGUCACACUCCAGCUCUCAGACAGAAAUUGGUAGCAUCCACAGCAUCAGGAGCCAGAGAGAGCCAUCAAGUCCUCAGGUAGAAGUGCCUGAAAAGACAAAAAGUCUUGGAGCCAAACAUACAGGCGACAGUAUUUCUGACACUGUCUCUUAUGAGUCUAACCAGCAAGCCGAGGUCCAGGAAGCUGAACUUCCCACGCCAGAUGUGUUUGUUGAGAAGCUCCCACCCAGCGGAAAGAUCACUAAGACUGAGUCUCUCAUCAUCCCAUCCACCAGCAGGUCUGAAGGGAAGCAGACGGGACGUCGGGGAAGGAGCACGUCUCUGAAGGAGAGGCAGCCAGUGAGGCCGCAGAACGAGAGAGCGAACAGUCUGGACAAUGAACGCUCUCCAGACACCCGGCACCACUUACAGAUCCCCAGGAAAACGGUAUACGACCAACUAAAUCACAUCCUGGUUUCCGAUGACCAGCUGCCAGAAAACAUUAUUCUUGUCAAUACUUCUGAUUGGCAAGGCCAGUAUCUAUCAGAUGUCUUGCAAAAGCAUACCUUGCCAGUGGUCUGCACAUGCUCCUCAGCUGAUAUUCAGGCAGCUUUCAGCACUAUUGUCUCCAGGAUACAAAGAUACUGUAACUGCAAUUCACAGCCUCCAAACCCCAUUAAAAUUGCAGUGGCCGGAGCCCAGAAUUACCUCAGUGCUGUAUUGAGGCUCUUUGUAGAGCAGCUGUCUCACAAAACCCCAGACUGGCUCGGCUACAUGAGAUUUUUGAUCAUCCCUCUAGGCUCUCAUCCAGUGGCCAAGUAUCUGGGGUCUGUAGAUUAUAGAUACAACAACUUCUUCCAAGAUCUAGCCUGGAGAGAUCUGUUCAACAAACUUGAAGCACAGACCACUGUUCCAGAAACGCCUGAUGUUGUCUCCCGGAUAACUCAGUAUAUAGCAGGGGCAAACUGUGCACACCAGUUGCCCAUUGCUGAAGCGAUGCUGACGUACAAGCAGAAAAGCCCUGAUGAAGAAUCUUCGCAGAAGUUUAUUCCCUUUGUUGGGGUGGUGAAGGUUGGAAUAGUGGAACAAUCUUCUGCAACGUCAGGUGACUCUGAUGAUGCAGCUCCCUCAAGCUCCAGUGUCCUUUCUUCUACCCCACCUUCUGUGUCUCCUGCUGUGAAAGAAGCCUCCCCCACACCACCUUCCUCACCGUCUGUCACAGGCAGCUUCUCAUCCUCAAGCCAGAACCUCGGUGCAGAGUUGAUGGGCCUGCAGGUGGAUUACUGGAUUGCAGCUCCACCCGUGGACAGAAAGAGAGAUCCGGAGAAGAAGGACCCCUCCACUACCAAAAACACACUGAAAUGCACUUUCCGGUCCCUCCAGGUCAGCAGGUUACCUGCCAGCGGUGAGAUUGCCACCACUCCAACCAUGUCCAUGACCGUCGUGACAAAAGAGAAGAACAAGAAAGUGAUGUUUUUGCCCAAGAAAACAAAAGACAAGGAGGUUGAGUCAAAGAGCCAGUGUAUUGAAGGAAUCAGCAGGUUGAUUUGCACAGCGAAACAUCAGCAGAACAUGCUGCGUGUCCUGAUCGACGGGGUGGAGUGGAAUGACGUCAAGUUCUUUCAGCUGGCAGCACAGUGGUCCUCUCAUGUCAAGCACUUUCCCAUCUGCAUAUUUGGACACUCCAAAUCUAACUUCUAGCCGUGCUCGGUGGAGGGACCUGCUGUCCGUCCCGGGGACUGCACACCAGGAGCCAGGAAUUGCGUGCCAACUGACUCGCGUCGCUCUGCCCUCUCCUGCAGAAUUAAUUACAGAUGUGCUUGGAUUACUCUUGAAUUACAUUUUUCUAUUAACUCUUAAGUUUACUACAAGGGAAGGAAACCCCUUUAAACAAAGGCAAAAAAACCCCAGUCUUAAAUAUAGAUGUGCUGACAACAUGAAGUCGUGGGGGAGUUGGCAGGAGCAGGCGACCUGCCCAAGAACACCUACCACUUACAAGCAGAUAGCUGAAUAACUGCACUGCUUAUUAACCUGAGACCUCAUUGGUGUGAGUGGGAUGGGGGAGCCGUGGAUCAGCUCAAACGGAUUUUGCAGAAGAUCAUGCGCGUUCUGGUGCGUUUGGCCCCCUUCCUCUGUACUACUAGGAAAAAAAAGAUGGCCAGUCUUUCUUCCUGCUGCCAAAGGAUGAGAGAUCAGCGAGUCUGGAGGGAGUUCAGCUGUCCAGUUUGAAAAACAAA